CCCGGCGCACAUCCUCCUGAGAGAGAGAGAGAGAGAGAGAGAGAGAGGCUGGAUCUUGCUAAUUGUGAGUCCAACAGGACCCGAGCACCAAAAGUCAGUGAAAGGCUGCUAGGCUGUGCGCCACGGCUCCUCUUUCGGUCUUCGUGCGCUUUAGCGAGGAUUAGAUUCAGCUAGAUCCCGGGCAGGACGGAUGUCCCGACGACCGCCUUCACUGAACUCGGAUCCUGAAAACUGAGGAGAAGAUUUGAGUGUUUCCCCCGUCUUUUUCUGGAGACGAAGCGGGGCGAGCGGGUGAUCCGGUGAUCCGUGUUGCUGCUGCUGCUGCCAUGAAGCUGCCGGGCUGGAUGGCUGUGGCGCUGCUGCUCGCGCACUCUGUGUCGACACAGCGUCGCUCAUCACAGCUAGAGGAUCUGGAGAGCUCUGGAAAUGACCUGUAUGAUGAUGAGGACUAUUUCUCUGGUUCAGGCUCAGGUGACUCAGUGAUGGAGACAGGCUCCAUGUCUUUCACCACAACAGAGCCCCUCCCACUUUCAACCACACAGGCCACUGGACCCGCCCCUUCUGCCUCACCCGCUGCAGAGCCCAGCAACCCCCUGGUGAUAGAAACAGAGAGGGAGAGUGGUAUGGAUAUUGAGAGGGACCUGGAGCCAGAGAUUGAGAAAAAGAGAGCGCAGCAGAAUGAGCACGAGCAGGAAAUGGAGAGAGUGCGGGAAAGAGAGAGAGAGCGAGAGAAGGAGAUAGAGCGAGAGAGGGAGAGAGAGAGGGAGAGAGAACGUGAACGUGAAAGAGAACGUGAACGUGAAAAAGAGAGAGAGAGGGCAAGAAGUACAAUUGCACCCAGAGUCCCCUUUGUUCCAAUGAAAACCACAGACUCUGUUAGGAUUGUGAACGAGACCUUCAUUCCCAGUGAGGAUAUGUACGUCCUUGGCACCGCAGAAGAAGAAGAAGAUGGUAUGUUCAGUACCACGGAAACCUACCCCUUCGAAUCACUCACAGAGGACCCUGUCACAGAUGACAUCACAACCACUGAAGCGGCUCCCACCACUAUUGCUUCCACUACAGCUAUGUCAAUCACGACUCCUGCCACACCAAGCACUGCCCCUCCGCGAUCACGAAAACCUCAAAUGAUGCCCAGUAUUACUCCUCCACGAUCACGGAAACCCCAAGCCACUCCCAGCCGAGCCACACCCACUGAAAGUACACGUCCAGUGCCAGCCUCUACAGUGCAGGUAAAAACUCCAGACGCAGAAAUAAAUAAUGAAGUUUCAGUUGUUGGUCCCAGUGGGGACUCUGGGAUCCGAGAGGAGGAAGGGCAACAAGGAAAUGAAGUGGGACGUGGCAAAGGUGCAUCAGAUGUUGGGGCGGAGCCUGAUUUGACUGGAAACACAAUAGAUACAGGAAGUUCAGCUGCUCAGCUUCCUCAGAAAAACAUCUUGGAAAGGAAAGAAGUUUUGAUAGCGGUGAUUGUUGGAGGUGUAGUUGGUGCACUCUUUGCUGCAUUCCUGGUCAUGUUACUUGUAUAUCGGAUGAAAAAGAAGGAUGAAGGCAGCUACACUCUGGAAGAACCCAAACAAGCCACAGUCACUUAUCAGAAACCAGACAAGCAGGAGGAAUUCUAUGCCUAAAAUCCACACACACUUCUUUUUUUUUGCAUCCCUCCAUCCUUCUAGUCUCUUCUCCCUCUGACCCUCCUUUCUUCCUGUCAUUUCUAUCUCUGUUUUUUCCUGACUCCCUCCUUUCUCCAUGAGAGUGCCUGCCACUCUGCGGACUUGGGACUUUGUUUUGAGUGGGGAAAAAGAUCAUAAAAAAAUUAAAAAGAGAAAAAAAAAGGCUUCGGACAGAAUUUUGCAGACCUGCUAGGGAGGGAUAGGGAUGCCAUACAUACAAAAAAAGAAUUUUUUUUUUUUUUUUUUAAAGUACAUGUUGCUAUUGAUAUGUUUAAGAUUGUUGUUCUAUAAAAUUAUGACAUAAAACCUUUUGUAAAGACACAUGUUCUAUAAAUGCACAAUAUUCCUCUCCAGCUGAGCAUGGAAGUCAGGAAGCAUGACCGAGGGAGUGAGGAAGGAAAAAAGGACAGAGAAGGUCAUGGUGGGACAGAGAGGGUCAAGGGAAAGGAAUCAGAAAGAUAAGACAGAAAGAGAGAGACGUGGAGAAGGAAUUUUGAGACCGUGCUAUUCUGAAAAGGUCGUGCUUCUGUCACAAGGGUCGCGUUGUGCCUUCCAUUCCCCUGGUGCUAGAAGCUGAGCAUGACCACAGAAUGGUGUGUGUGUGUGCAUGUGUGCUUGAGUGUGUGUGUGUGUGUGUGUGUGUGUGUGUGUGAGAGAGAGAGAGAGAGAGAGAGAGAGAGAGAGAGAGAGAGACUGAGACUGAGGUGUCAUGAAGUUGCCAUCUCUGAACUUAGUAAGGCCAGUCACACGCGCGCGCGCGCACACACACACACACACACACACACACACACACACACACACACUAACACAUGGUGUAACUCCCUCUGCUGGUGAGAGUGUAUGUCAGCAAGGCUGGCCUCAAUGACUGUAGAACUAUAUCUUUCGAGCAGGAGGCUGAAAAAUGUUAAUGAUUAACACAGCACAUAAACAUUAAGGAAACAUUUACUGUUUGCUGUGAUGGUGCGCAUGCAAAGAAACAGGAGUAGCUAUUUCUCUGUUCUGUACAAAGACAAUUAGUUAUCAAUAGUAAAAAAUAAUCAGUAAUAUAUCAGCAGUUCUGAAUGGAUGGUAAGAGAUGAUAAUAUUAGUAGUGAAGGAUAUCUAUUUAGCUGUGCAGUAAAAGUUUUACUGGUGUAAAUAUCAACUCUUUCUUUUCGAUUUCAGUUUAUCAUGCUUUUAAUUAUGGCUUUUACAUAAUAAAUAUCUGUGUGCGCACACACACACAUACAUAUAUCACUUUGGAAAUAUCAGUCCCAGUGUGUCAGCAAACUAAAUAGGGGUUUUAUUGAACAUAACAGACCCUUACUUCAUUCAGAUCCAUUACUUCAGUCAAAAAAAUAAACAUUCCUCAUGUUUUCAGUAUUUUAAUGAUGUUUUAUCAGGUAAAAAGCACAAGCUCACAAGAAUGUGUCUCACUUUCUCAUUGAAACUCACACACCACCAUAUUCACACACAAUACUACACUUUUAGAUGUCCAGUGGUCCUGUCCUUCUUAAUGAUAUAAGAGUUAGAAGGUGUGUCGUGUGUCAUUGGGACAGGGAUGUCCACAAAUCAGGAUGUGUUUUGGUCAUAUUUAAAGCCAAGAAGUACGGAGAAAAUUCAGUUUAAGGUAUUAUGUUGAAAAAAACAAAAACCCCAGGACCUAUUUUGAGAUUCCAGAGAAGUUUGUCAGAGUUUGUCCGGUUGUUUUUGAUUAUGUUGCAACAUUGUGUCCAAGUGCUGUACAUCGAGGUCAAUAAAAACGAAAUGGCUGCGCAGUUAGAGUUAGGUAAAAGUGCAUGAUGUAGCAAUAAUGCAGCUAUUAACAUCGACACACCCAUAAUGCUGUCACCCUCCAGUGCUGCUGAGGGAGAAUGUACACACGCUCUCAUGCAGAUUUCCACUGCCUGGCCUUAUUGUAACCUUAACAAACGCUGUAGUCACCUGUAUGUGGCGUUACAUUUUUAUCACAUAUCAUUCCAUGUGUUACAGCUGUGGGUGCCAUGAGCGAGACCAUAGCACAACAUAAGAGUACCGAGUGGCAUUUAAGAUGUCCCUCACUGCCCACUGUAGCAAAUCACUGAUAGGUAAACUAACUAAUUCAUAACAUAUCACUAUGAGGGGAUAUGAACAAGACAGGGCUAUGACUCGAAUAGACUGCACUGAACCACAUUUCGUAACACAACCUACCCAUUUUAUAUGUACACGACAGAGCUGUAAUACUUCAACAAUUGAGUUCCAUCAGUAGAGCACACAAGGACUCAGAUCAUGGAAAGCUUCUGCACUCAUUUAAAGCAGGGGUGUCAGACAACACAGCGUAGAUCAACAUUAUUUCUUACUCAGUUCAUCAUUUAAUCACCUUCAUUAGUUAAAUCUGGCGUACAAAAAGAGUGAAAACACGAAUAUAGCUGUUACCCCCUGGAUUACAGUCUGACCCCCUGAUUUAAAGGCUGUGGGGAAAAAAACUUGGGUGGUGUUGCAAGCAUGUGAGGUGGAUGUACAUCUAUCAAAGAUUGUAAAAUCUCACCAGUGCACCUGUAGCUUGAAUAUUUUUAAUAUUAUAAUCUAAUCUGUAUGAUCAUGUCAUGCCUGUGUGUGCAUGUAUGUACCCAUACGCUGACUGAAAUGUAUCUGCCCAAUGUUUUUUUUCCUCUUCAACUUUUCUUCCAUCAUGAUGGGGUUUGUUCAUGGAGUAGGAUUUAUUCAGUUAGCAGAAUAAUUUAAGCUAGAAGGCAAGACACUCCAAUACAAAUAUUUUAUGGGUAAAAUGGUUGCACUAACUGGGAUUUCUCACUUCAUAAAAUAACCUCCCAGACACCUCCUACUACUGUCAUUAGAACUAAUUACUGUAAAACACACACACACACACACACACACACACAUUACAAAGUGUGCUUUCUAAAUAGAUCCUUGAGAAAUUCCUUGACCACAUAUACACCAUGCACCUUUUGUGAUUUAGUGCACUAACAAUAUCAUCACACAGUCUCAGUAAACACUCAUAAAUAGUAAUAAGUUUGCCUUCACAAUCAGUAUGAUCACUAGUUCAAUUUUAUAGAAAUACUCAAGCCGACAUUUUAUCAUACUUCAGGGAUCAAGAUGUUUUGAUUGUUCACAUUUUAAAUCAUAUGUAGCUAUUUCCAGCAUGGCUACAAGCUUACAAUGGCUUACAAGGAUACAAAAAAAGACAUGCACUCAAUUUCACUGAGUAUAUAUAUAUAUAUAUAUAUAUAUAUAUAUAUAUAUAUAUAUAUAUAUAUAUAUAUAUAUAUAUAUAUAUAUAUAUACUGACACAACACAAAUGCACACGCCUCCCAACACACACCUUGUUCACUUGGGAAUGUCUGGUGGUCACUGUGUGUUAAACCUGAAUGGAUUUGUCUCAGUGGAAUUUUGUUUGGUUGACUCCUGUUUUCCCUGCCAUCUACCUUGACCUGUCACUUUCUACCCAUGGCCAAAUAAAAGGCAGGCCUUCCUGUGUUUGUGUGCCAAUCACAGGCCAGCAUGGUUUUGAUGUGAAGGUUGCCCAUUGUGUUUUAUACGUGCGCAUUUUAAAGAACAGAGGUUUUUAUUUCUCCUCAUUUGGUUUGUGUAUAUGGGGGCGACAUUCUGUCACUAAUAUGCCACUCUGUUCUAAAUAAAAGUCCUGAUUGGGUA